UCAUGGCGUUGAGAUGAGGAGAGGGAAAACAUAUAUCGCAGUUUCAUUGUCGUUACAAUUGCUGUUUAAACUUGGUUAGCUCUUUAAACGUCUGAAACAGAGAGGAGUUCAGAUACGCCGGUACAUUAAUUUGAUGAACCCAGUGCACUGAGAGGAAACACAACCACAGUCAGAGCUAUUGAACCAAAGGGUCUCAUGAUGGAGAAGCCAGUUAUGCAGACGCAGUCUUCCACACUGCCCUUCUUUGACACAGCCCAUGCUUUCAAUCUGCUACGGGGAAUUCAUGAGCUGCGCGCGGAACGCAAGUUUUUCGAUGUCACCCUGUGUGCUGAGGGAAAGGAGUUUCACUGCCACCGCACUGUGUUAGCAGCUGCUAGCACUUAUUUCCGUGCCAUGUUCGCUGGGACUCUUCGCGAGAGCGUCAUGGACCGAGUGGUGCUCCACGAAGUGUCUGCAGAGCUCCUCGGACUUCUGGUGGACUUUUGUUACACAGGCCGUGUUACAGUUACCCAGGACAACGUGGACCUUCUGCUUAAGACGGCUGAUCUCUUCCAGUUCCCCUCGGUCAAAGAGGCCUGCUGCGCUUUCCUGGAGCAGCGGUUGGAUGUCUCCAACUGCUUGGAGAUCCAGGACUUUGCUGAAGCCUAUGCCUGUCGCGAACUGGCUACCAGCGCCCGCCGCUUUGUGCUCAAGAACAUCGUGGAGCUGGCCAAGGGCAUGGACUUUGAGCGGCUGCCAUGGAAACGCCUGCUGGAGUUUGUGUCAGACGACGGCCUGUGUGUGGACAAGGAGGAGACGGCCUACCAGAUCGCUGUCCGCUGGGUCAAAGCCGACCUGCAGCACCGGCUGCACUACUGGCCCGAACUGCUGCAGCAGGUCCGACUGCCCUUUGUUCGGCGUUUCUACCUGCUCGCUCACGUAGAGAGCGACCCGCUGGUGUACCUUUCUCCAGCCUGUCUGCGGUUGGUCAGUGAGGCACGCAGCUUCCAGUCAUGUGAGUACGACCGCCAUGACCGCCCCUGCCACCGUAUGCGUCCACGCCCCUCCACUGGCCUGGCUGAGAUCCUGGUGGUGGUGGGCGGCUGUGACCAGGAUUGUGAUGAACUAGUUACCGUAGAUUGCUACAACCCACAGACCGGACAGUGGAGGUAUCUGGCUGAGUUCCCAGACCAUCUCGGAGGCGGCUACAGUAUAGCUGCACUUGGCAAUGACAUAUAUGUCACAGGUGGUUCAGAUGGCUCUCGGCUCUAUGAUGGCGUAUGGCGUUAUAAUUCAAGUGUGAACGAGUGGACGGAGGUGUCUCCUAUGCUCAAGGCUCGAGAGUACCACAGCUCCUGUGUCCUCAAAGGCCAACUGUACGUGGUGGCGUCGGACAGCACAGAACGUUAUGACCACGCUCUGGACUGCUGGGAGGCCUUGCCCCCAAUGCUACACCCCAUGGACAACUGCUCUACCACUGCCUGUAGAGGUCGUCUCUAUGCCAUCGGCUCCCUGACUGGAGAAGACACCAUGGCCAUUCAGAGCUAUGAUGCUGAAAGCAACCGCUGGUCCUUGCUAAACUGUGGUCAGCUGCCCCCCUGGUCGUUUGCCCCCAAAUCAGUCACUCUCAAUGGUCUCAUCUACUUUGUGAGGGACGAUUCUGCAGAAGUUGAUGUCUAUAAUCCACAAAAGAAUGAAUGGGACAAGAUUAAUCCCAUGAACCAGGUCCAUGUAGGAGGCAGUGUGGCAGCACUGGGUGGCCGUCUCUAUGUGUCUGGUGGCUAUGACAACACCUUUGAGCUGUCAGAUGUGGUGGAAGCCUAUGAUCCAAGCACUCGGACCUGGAGCCUGGCAGGCCGCCUUCCCCAGCCAACCUUCUGGCACGGCAGUGUCAGCAUAUUCAGACAGUUCAUGCCGUCAGUACCCAGUGGUUUUGAACCCAUAGAUCUGCCCGAAAGCAAUGCCAUUCAGUUACACCGUCACCAUCGCAAUCAAGCUUUGCACAAUCACAACCACAAUCUCAACCACAAUCAAAACCAAAACCAAAACCGUGAUGUUAAUCCAGCCCACUGAGAAGGAUAUGGGGCAAAGAGGUUUUGUAGGGGGCGGGGCCUCAGCCAUGGGGUUGAGGGUUGUGUAUACUGUGAUGUCACCAGACCAGGUGUUCUGCACUUUACUGCUUAUCCACCUCAACUGGACACUGAUGAAGAGUGGAGAUGAAAGGACAAUCCUUGCUUCACUGUUGCUUUAAUAUACAAACGUGAGCUCAGUCAUUUUUGUUGCAUGCUGGUCUUAAAUGCAGGCCGUGUGGAUUCAUGCCAGCUUUGGGCAGUAAGACAGCGAAAGACAGGAUGGGAGUACUAAACCAGUGCUGAGUGCCUGUUGGUUUGGGCAGAUCCCAAAGUAUCCAUCGUUACUGUAUGGCAGUACCUCUGAGAAAUCCUUAAUCCGUCAUGGAUUUUACAGUGUAAUCCAGAGCAUCCCAACUUGGAUUGCACUUUUCCCUGGUUACAAGUGUCAAAGUGUCAAAUAUACCCCGUACAUUCCAAAUGGUGAAAGUUUGGCUUUUGAACUAGGAGAGCCAUGCUGCCUUUUCUAAUCUCAUUAGUGAAUUAGUGAAGGAGAUACUGCUUAGAGAGGUAAAGUUUUAGAGGAAGAGAGAGGAUAAUUAAAUUAAAAUUCACAGCAAACUGACAAAUCCACUUGCACAGAUUUUCAAAAGAUGAGUCCUUCAUCCACUGGUCUUAAAGGAUGGACAAUCUUAGUUUGAAGGUCAAGUUUUGAUGUAACCAGACUAGAAUGGCCUUUCUCCCAAAGUCAGCUCUAGUAUGCAUGGAGUUUUCACAUGUCUUUGUGAAUUAAACUCAUAGUAGAUAUUUUCUUAUUUUGAUAGAAAAUUAUGUUUAUUUAUGUAUUUAAUCUUUAUUUUGGUGAGUGUGUCAAAUGGUAUUUGAAGAAUAGAAACAUGUUACUGUCCUCAAACUGCACGAAGCUAUUUUUUAAGGAGAAGUUCUAGUGAAAUUACUGUUUUACAUGUAUAGCCAUUAGAAUGCUGUAUUGAUAACUGGAAUUAGCAAUUGAUUAUAUGCUUAACAUUGAAUGGAAUUUUGUGUUUCCUAACUUUAGUAAUUAUAAUAAUGAAAAAAUACAACAUGCUCCAGCGGUACUUGAGACUAGCAUUUUUGUUUGUUCAUUUUAUAUUAUUUGUUUUUCCCUUUUUCAUUUUUUUUCCUUACAGGAUAUUUCAUGUGUUUUGUAGCCAAAUCCAUUUUUACCAUAUUGGCCUUAUUGUUUGGUUUUUGUGUUGUGGUGUCUAUAAA